AAAGCGGUGGUGUCGAGGGUGCGGAGAAGGUCGCCUGCCUGUACGGUGGAGGCCAGGUAUGCGAAUCCUACUUCCGCCACUGGGUCGAGGAGGCCUAGGCCUUUGAUGGAUAUUGGCAGAGUGGACUGCCGCCAGAGGAGGUCCUGGUCCUCUGGUGUGUGUGGCUGUUUCAGGUUGCAAGCGGUCAGGGCGGCAGCCAGGAGAUGUUUGCCCCACGCUGUCCAGUCGUGGGGUGGGAGCGUGCCUGGUGGCGUCGUCCGGAGCAGCUUCAGGGCCGGGUGCAUGGCCAAGGCGAAUAGUAGGGGACCCAGGGGGUCUCCUUGCCGCACCCCCCGUUCGCUGCUGAGGGAGGGGGUGCCGUAGGCGGGGUCCAGGAGGAGGGAUGAGGCCCUGCCGUAAGAGAGUCUGGCCAAGGGCAGCAGCCGCUUGAGAGGGCUGUUCCUGAUGGCGGAGAAGAAGGCCAGGCGUUCAACAGAGUUGAACGCGUUGGUCAUGUCCACCUGCAGCACCAGGUGGUCCGGGUGCAGUUGUAGGUGCGAGCGUCCGACGUGGAUGACGGUCUCGCCUCUGCCUUUCACCGCCACCCCGUACUGGAGGGGGAGGAAGUGCUGUUGGGCGGUUUCCGAGAGGAGCGAGAGGGUGGCCUUGCCCAAGAUGCGAAAGAGACACUCCCCCACUGCUAUGGGCCGGACCCCGCCCCCGGGCUUCAGGAACGGCAGCAUCUUCGAUGUGGUGAGCAGCUCUGUUGCCUCUAGAGGUACGUUCCCGGCCAGCGCCACGUUGACUAGCGUCGUAAGGUUACCCCUGCUGGGGGGGUAUAAUUGGGGUCAUUUGUGUUCUGAUCAUCAGCGGCUGUUCCAACUCCUUCUUCCUCCCCAGUCCCAGCCCUUCCUUCUCUAACUGCUCCACUUGUUGUGGCUGCCCCUGCACUUCCCUUCGCUAGCUCGAUAUCGGCCUGACCGUCCGCGGCCACAGCGUUGCUAGUUGCAGCUGCACUACUUUUGUACACCAUCUCUGCCGACCUCCUUUACAGGAUUGAACCAGCUAGCAACUGUAUCUCUCGAACGUAUGUUUAUGUGAUACCUUAGAGAUGGUGGCAGAGACCACUGAAGCAUCUGCGUGUCAUGAAUUGUCCCUAUUUAUACUAGCAUCUCUCAGCUUGUUAUUUCAGUAGGUACAAAUUGUACUUGUUAAGUGAAAUAUCCGUAUAC